UGUCAGGUGACUGAUGUAAACAAAAGAAGACGAAGGGGAACCAAAGGCGAAAAGCUCAGUGGAGUAUAGACUACUAUAUAGUCUAAAACCCUAUAAAAGAAGAAAGAAGAAGAAGAAGACGAAAAGCUACCUUCGAGUACCUCAACAUGAAGAAAACCAUGUCGGAAACGAGCAACGGGCCUGCUGAAAAGGAAGAACAGAGGGAGACCAAUGACGAGGAAGAUAUGGAAGAAGAUAUGGAAGACUAUGACGAAGAGGAGUUCUCCAAGUUAAAUGCUGAAUUAGAUGCUUUGAACACAGCCUUAGAUGCCAUUGAGGAAAAGAAUGAUUUCAUCAAUGUUCGCUUACGGCAGAUACUGAUGGAAAACAAGUCCAUAAGAGAAGCUGAAGGAUCAGGACAAAAAUGAGUUGCAUAGAAAUUUCUUAGGGCUACAUUUCAUUUUUUUUUUCAUUCUUUUUUUGAAGAGACUGUUAUUAUUUAUAUUUUUGUAAAGGAGACUAUAUUGUUAUUAUUAGAUUAUUUUUUAUUGUUAUUGCAUAUAUAUGUAUUCCUGUGAAUUACCAUUGAUUUCAUUGUAUCUUUCAAAAGGUUUCUUGAUAUCAUUUUUUUCUAAUAGUUGUCUGAUACUUAAAUAGCGAAAGUUGAUUUAGAGGCUAUGUUUUACAUCAUAUGGAAUUAUAUAAGUGCAAGUACAGAGAUUUAUCCUGAAAAAAAGUGGCCAACAAGGAACAGUAGGUUCAUGAGAUGAUAAAAAAAUCUAGAUUCUACAGAAAAAGUACAUGAUAAUAUGACAUCUUGGAGUUGAAAGCUGUUUGUAAAACUAUUCUGGUUUAAACCAUGCCAGAAUAUUUGUUUAUUAAACUUAUAGUAGUCCUAAGAUCAUUCUUAUUUUGCAGUUGUUUCUAAGUGCACAAAUAUACAGACACACUUUUUCCAGUCAUACAGGAUUAAUUGUUCUGUUUGUAGGUUAUAUUAGGGACAGGAUGAAAUAUACUUUAUCAUUUAUUAAGAUGUAAUUUAGUGUCAAAAAUGAUAGCCAUAUAUAUGUACAUAUAUUAUUUACCAUUUUGAAUGUACUUUUGGAAGAAAUAUGUAGUUACAAAAGAAUUAAGACUAGUAUUAUAUGGCUAUUGUUUGAAGGACAUCAGAAUAUAUGGUCUUAAUGUGUAAUUAUGCAAAUACUUCCAUGUACAAAUCCAUUCCAGUAGAUAUUGUAUAGUUCCAUAUUCUGUGUAAAUGUUGUGUAUAUGAUUGAUAUAAAGUAAUUCUAAACUAUCA